AUUUACAGAUGAUGCAUGCGGAUAAAAAAGAUGAAAGACUUCAGCCCAUGUGAAAUGUGAUGCUGUGCUCUGGAGGCGGCUCAUAGGGAAUCACUGUAGCGCCCUGGACCGGUGGGCGUGGCCAAGCCAAUGGAGUUCCAUUUCCGAACAGCGGCAGCCGCCAGUCAGCAGAGCGUCGCUCGGACACGAUAUUUAUAGGCCUGUGUGCAUUUGACUGGGCUUUUGUCUGUCUCCUGUGCUGCCUGGUUAAACAGCAAGAACGAGGACACUCCGUCCCAAUAUUUCGCAAUCACUGAGGAAUACCGGCAGAAAAGGCUGGUUCCUGAAGGACAUUAUCAUCUAAGCUAUGGGCAAGGAUUACUACAAAAUCCUGGGCAUUCAGUCUGGUGCCAAUGAGGAGGAGAUCAAAAAGGCCUACAGGAGGAUGGCCCUCAAGUUCCAUCCAGAUAAAAACAAGGAUGCUAAUGCGGAAGAGAAAUUCAAAGAAAUAGCAGAGGCAUAUGAAGUCCUGAGUGACCCGAAGAAGAAAGCUAUUUAUGACCAAUAUGGAGAGGAUGGACUCAAAAGUGGAGGAACAGGCUCAUCUAGUGGACCAGGCACUACGUAUCACUACACGUUCCAUGGAGAUCCUCAUGCCACAUUUGCAUCUUUCUUCGGUGGCUCAAACCCCUUUGAUAUUUUCUUUGGUUCUGGGCGUCAUUGGAACACCAGCAAUGGUGCAGGAGACCAUGAUAUGGACAUUGACAUGGAUGGAGAGGAUGACCCAUUCAGCUCCUUCAGCCACUUUGGGUUUAACGGUCUCAAUGGGUUCCAUCGUGGGGCAGGUCGAAGAUCUCGCAAUGAACCUUUGCACAGCAGCAGCAACACAAGGAGAAAGGUACAGGAUCCUCCAGUGGUUCAUGAGUUGCGGGUAUCUCUAGAGGAAAUCUUUCAUGGAUGUACUAAACGCAUGCGCAUUACUCGCCGCCGGCUCAACCCAGAUGGAAGAACCACACGGACAGAAGACAAGAUCCUGAAUAUUGUCAUUAAAAGAGGCUGGAAAGAAGGGACCAAGAUCACUUUCCCUAAGGAGGGCGAUGAGACACCUGAGAACAUUCCAGCUGAUAUUGUGUUUGUGCUCAAAGACAAGGGACACCCUCACUUCAAAAGGGAUGGCUCCAAUGUCAUAUACACUGCCAGAGUCAGUCUUAAGGAGGCCCUGUGUGGUUGCACGGUCAACAUUCCUACCCUUGACAACAGGAUUAUUACGCUGCCCUGCAACGAUAUCAUAAAACCAGGAAUCAUAAAGAGACUGCGGGGUGAGGGCUUGCCUUUACCCAAAAGUCCGUCCCAGCGCGGGGACAUGAUAGUGGAAUUCCAGGUGCGCUUUCCGGACAGGAUACCUCCACAGUCCAAAGAAAUCAUUAAACAGCACUUACCCCAGUCUUAAAGCCAUUUUUAUUGGAUUUAUCAUCAUUUCUAUUUCAAGAUAAACAUUACCUUUCACAAACAUUAAUAACAAUCCAAAGGAAUGGAAAAUAAACAAAAAGGACCGGAAGUCAACUUCAUAUUUUGUUACCCUUUUUAUCAUUUUUGCCCUUUUGAAACUAAGUGGAGAGUAAAUGAAGUUUUCUGUAAGAAAAAAAAGGGAUUUUUUAAGAAGUUUGCUACCUUGAAGCCUAUGGGUUUCAUUCAUGAUCCUUUUCAUAUUCUACAAAAAAUUUCCCUCCAUAACAAACAGGAAGAAUUAAUUCCUAUACAUAUUUAAAAAGAAAGGUCAAUGUGGAUAAUGGAUGUUCUACUUCUUUUUUUAACCUCAGAUAUUGUCCCUUCUUUCAUCUGGUUUUGGACGAGUUUCGAAUAAAGCCGAAUUUUAGGAUCACUGAUUUUAGAUUCUUUAUGGCAGCGUUUAAGCACCAGCAAGUUGGAUCAUUUGGUACUACAUUUUUACUUUCAGAAUCAGUUCAGCAGUCUAAAGGUGCUUUGUUGUCUGUGACCAGAUUAUUAGGUGCUGUAACUCCUUGCAAAUCUUUAAUGGUGUGAUCACAGUAUCCUGAGUGCCUUAAUACGGCUCCAACUAGCUCGGUUUUCGAGUCAGGUGAUGUAAUGAAAAGACCAGUCCUUUCACCACAAUCCAAGGCCUAUUAUGGUACUGUAAACUCCACCGAUUAAGCAAAUAUUAUGUCAUUGCAAGGUUAGCCUGCUCUGGCAGUGCUUUAGUGCCCUGUUUUUAUUUGCUCAUGUACAGAUUUCAUGUUCUGUGAUUGGGAAAUUUUCACAUCAAUAGUCUGUUGAUUGCGUUACACUCUUUACAAACUUUUAGGAUUCUCUUGUGUUUAUUACAAUGACUCAUACUAGACAUUUCUUUGAAAAAUAUCUUUCACAGUUUUUUCUUUUACAAUCAUUUAUGGCAGGUUAAAGAGAGAUAUGAAAGUGAACAUUAAAUCGGUGUACAGAGCGAACACUUGGUGGCAAUGAACAUGUUAAGGAUCCAUUGUAGCUGUAUAUAAAAGCUUCCCUGAAACUCACAUGAGCACUUUCUGAAAACUGUGAAGUCAGACGAUGAUAUUUAAAGUUAAAGUAGGUUGUAAACAAGUAACACACACUGUUAGUAUACUGUUCAGUACACACGACUGUGGUUUAAAAAAGUAUUAGGUGCAAUUUGCUAAGAAUAUGCACAGAAUAAAGCUGAUUGAGACAUUGAGUUUUAGUAUGACUGCUGACAUUUUACUGUUUUAGAUGUGCACAAUUUAUAGCUAGUUUUCACUUGUUAAAGCAAAGAUUUCUAUACAUUUGUAUUCCGCAUAAGGAAUUUGUUAUAUAAUGCCUUUUAGCUAAAUAGCCAACAUUUGAGUGACUGUUUUUUUUUAUGGACAAUCAAGUGUGAAAUACAUUAUCUCUUAUAAAAUCUGAAUUUAUUAUUUAUUUAAAAAUUACCAAGAAAUUCAGGCCUGCCAAAGAACGCACAGUCCUACCCUAUAAGUCUCCUGGCAUGAAGUUACUUUUUAUUUUAGGUCAAUUUUACCCAUGUUAUUUAUGUGUUCUUAAAUAUAAUGAUGUUGUUUUGAACAUUUGGGCGCUCUCUUUAUACGAUAUUAAAGUAAAUCUAGCUUGCUAACUGAGAUGGGAAAAGGGCUUAACAAGUGAUACUCAGUACAAGUGAAAGUGUUUGAGUGUACUGUGAUUUUAAACAGUGUUCAGGCCUUUCGGACUGAUGCUUUGGCGGGGCUGAAGCUUUUACUGAAUGUGUUCUUUUUUUAUAUAUAUUAUUUUUGGUAGUUAGGCUAAAUGAUGUACCUUUUUUGUCGUUAAGGGGUAUUGUUUUGAAAGGCAAGAAAUAAACCAUAAACCAUAA